ACCCUUGCCUAAUAUCAUUAGUUGUGCCGAUAAAAUUCUUUCACACAUAAAUUGUGACAAAUAAAAAGUGAAUUUUCGAUUUUUCUGGUUCUGAAGAGCAAUUCGUUUAUAAACUAAAUAUUAAUGUCAUAGGUGUAUUAAAUGUUUUAAUUGGAUAUUACGCUUACGGCUAAUAUUAUCCACACACACAGACACACACCCCGACAAACGGUUGCAGUUGCAGCUGAAUUCGUUUUCCCGAAGCCAAUCAGUCGGAUAAAAUGGAUAAAAAGAUCUCGUCCACAUCGCAGCCGCGCAUACUGAAAAAGAAGCAUUUUCGCGUCAAGCAUCAAAAGGUGAAGCUUUUCCGUGCAAAUGAGCCGAUUUUGAGUGUUUUCAUGUGGGGCAUCAAUCACACCAUCAACGAGUUGAGUCAUGUUAAUAUACCAGUCAUGUUAUUGCCAGACGACUUUCGGGCCUAUUCCAAAAUUAAAGUCGACAACCAUUUGUUUAACAAAGAAAAUAUGCCAUCGCAUUUUAAGGUGAAGGAAUAUUGUCCUUUGGUUUUUCGAAAUUUACGCGAACGUUUUGGCAUCGAUGAUGUGGAUUAUCGCGAGUCCUUGACUAGAUCACAACCAUUGGGCAUUGAUUCGUCCGGCAAGUCGGGCGCCCAGUUCUAUCAGAGCUAUGAUAAAUUCUUCAUCAUUAAAAGCCUGACAUCUGAGGAAAUUGAACGCAUGCACGCCUUCCUCAAACACUAUCAUCCAUACGUUGUUGAGCGACAUGGCAAAACUUUGUUGCCGCAAUAUUUGGGCAUGUAUCGCAUUACUGUGGAGAGUGUGCAGUAUUAUUUUGUUGUCACGCGUAAUGUUUUCAGCUCCCAAUUGACCAUACAUAAAAAAUUCGAUUUAAAAGGCAGCACUGUAGAUCGCGAGGCUUCCGAGAAGGAGCUGGAGAAACAUUUACCCACAUUUAAGGACAAUGAUUUCAUCAAGCAAAAGGUCAAAUUGGAAAUUGGCGAGGAGCCCAAGCAAAAGUUGCUCGAUACUCUCAACAAUGAUAUUGAUCUCCUAACCAAGUUGCAUAUAAUGGAUUAUUCCUUGCUCGUUGGUAUCCACGAUUGUGUCCGGGCCGAGGAGGAGGCCCUGCAGGGCGAUACCGCACCAGCAACGGGACGCAGCGAGAAUAGCGAGAGUGAAGAAUGCGAUAGUGGUGAACGCUGGACGUACAACACACCACCGGAUUCGCCACGAGGUGCACAAUAUAAAGAAGUUGUUUAUGAAGUCGAUAUUUACGCCAUUCCAAGCAUUGAAGAGAGACGAGAAAUCUACUUCAUAGCAAUUAUCGAUGUUUUAACUCAAUAUGGUGUCAAAAAACAGGCAGCGAAAGCGGCUAAGACAGUAAAAUAUGGUAGUAAUGUCGAUGGUAUAUCAACUUGUGAUCCUGAACAAUAUGCCAAAAGAUUCCUGGAAUUUAUGGAUAAAGCUAUAGAAUAAGAUUAUAUAAUUGUAUUUGUCAUAUAUAUAUAUAUAUAUAUAUAUUUAAAAAAAAACUGAAUCAUAUAUAUACAUAUAAAAUAUGUCGUUAUUACAUUAUUUCCCCCCCUUCAGUUUAACCCCCUUAUUAUUUUCUCGAAAUAAAUAACACUCUUGGUGAGUUAUCAACAUUUAUUAUUAUAAAUUGUGGCAUUGUCACAACAAAAAAUAAUCAUGUGUAAAGAAAACCAAAAAUAAUUUGGCCUGGUUUACUCAAAUUAAACGCUAUCAAUAUAUAUAUAUUAAUAAAAUUGCAAUUUAAAUUAA